GAGAGAGCUAGAGUAUGCAGCAAGCACAUUCAUCUUGCAUGAAGUUAGGUGUGUGUCACCUUUUUGUGUCACUUGUAAAACCCAUCGACUGCGCUUGUAUUCUUCACUGAGUGGCUAGAAGCUGCAUUUAGGAACGCCGUUACUUCUCGUGAUGUUUCCUAAUACUCUGGAGCCCUACAGGUAUGAGCUUCAAACAGGCACGAGACACCUCUGUCUCCAUCCACACAGCAGAGACUGGGACUAAUCGCAGCGGGCGCCACACACCUCAGGAAGGUAGCAAUUUUCCAUCAUUACCGUUAAAUCCUGCUUAAAAGAACCGGAUUCCACAGGCCUAAUUACAAGGUGUUAAUAAUAACAAUGUAAUGACAGUCAUUUUAAAGCCUGCCCAAAACCAUAAUCCAUCGCCCAACUGACUCUCACAUUUAAGUGUGUAACUGCUGUGUGAUGUCUGAAUUUUGAAAGCACCAUGAUUGUUAUUGAUUGCCAUUGUGAUUACUCCAACAGUCGGUGUGGCAGGGUCUGCGCGUUGGGGCUUGAAUUAGGAGCGUCGUCAGCUUUUGUCAAAUGGAAAUGCAGCUCUACAGACAGACGCUGAUGCUUGAAGACACGGCAAGCCAAUCUACCAGCCUAAUUGCUGUACGGGACAGAGCUUAGCAGGCAGGGAAUCGAUUUACAUAUAUUAUUUGCAGAGUGAAAGAAAUACAGCCAGGAAACAAUCUUCCACCAUGGUAAUUACUGCUAAAUGAGGCUGAUGCGAAGCUGACCUGCUGUCUGGUUAGGGGUGUGGCAGAGUGCCCUAAACACAACGUCCAAUCACAAGUCUUCCCCCAAACCCUGGGAUCAAGACUCAUCAUUGGCUGAAAGUCCCAAAUGCACGCCAGACUUUUUCCAGCACUAACUCUGUCAGCUUUGUGACAGCUUAAGAGAAGCUACUCCAGAUUCCCCUCUGACCGGUCUCAUUCUGGGACCAGAAAAGUGUCUUAUGGAUUGUACUUAAAUUCUAAUACUGAAGAGAAAGAGAAGACAAAAUGUCUGCGUCUGGGGACUCAAGAAAUGAGUUUUCCACAGAAGAGGAUGCAGGAUCAACGCAGCUGAAGCUCGGGCGCAUGGCACAGACAUCCUGUCUUCCCUUCAGCGUUGAAGCUCUCAUGUCGGAGACGAGGCCGCUGGCUGUGACCAGCAAAGAAAAGGGAAAUUAUGAUUUGAAGGAGGAUGAGGCGCAGCGGACAGAUGAGUGCACCCAAAACUUAAUAUCUAUUAAAUCAGAGCCACUGGAACAACAGGAAUUUCCCUCUUGGAUAUCCAGCUCCAUUAAGAUGUCUACUCCCCCACGGCAGCUUAGUCCGGCUGUCUGCUCAUUGAGGAAGCACAAAACCAACCGUAAGCCUCGUACUCCCUUUACCACAAUGCAGCUUCUGGCCCUGGAGAGGAAAUUUCGUCAGAAGCAGUACCUGUCCAUCGCCGAGCGGGCCGAGUUCUCCUCCUCACUGUCCCUGUCCGAGACCCAAGUCAAGAUCUGGUUUCAGAAUCGACGGGCCAAAGCCAAGAGGCUUCAGGAGGCUGAAGUAGAGAAACUCAAACUAGCAGCUGGUGUAGGCUCCAAAGCUGUCUUCUACCCAGGAUACUCAUCCUUGGGUUUUCCCCUGCACGCUGGUUCGGCAGGGCUCUAUGGACUGGGCUACUCAUACGGCCGCACCCCUGUUCUCCCUGCUGCACAUCUGGCUAUGUACACCUCACAGGUCGGCUAUAGCCUUUUUCACCUUUCCUGAGACGAAAAAGAAAUAUACAGACAGAUUGUGCUAAAAAGGGAUGACAAGAGUGUAUCAUUAAAUCAUGCACCUUAUGCAAAACUUGUUUGCAUGUGACCUGAAGUGGACUUUAAGCUUCAUUGUUUGUCUUAAGAAGGAUUUACAAGUGUUCUGCUAUUUGCAAAAGACUAUGGAAGGAUACAGCAUCCCGAAGGUCCCUCUUUGCCAUUUGCAAACAUAAUACCAGAAUACAUAUUGUUCAGAUUGUCUUUUCUGCCCUUUUUCUCUCUCCUGAACGACUAAAGUGUUUUUCACUCACCCUUCAACAUGCAGGGAUAUUUCACUGCACCUUUAAAUCAUUGAAUACUCAAGUCACACAUAUUUAUUUGUAAUAGUUUUAGAGUCACAUACUUGAUGUUACAUAUCUUCAUUUUCAUUAGUUAAUAUUUUAUGUAUAUGAUAUUAAAUUGAGAUCCUUAGCG